AUGAGCGAUCAUCUUCAUCAAAUUGGCCUGCACCAAAUGUGGGGGUACGUGCGGGCUCUAUACCAAAGAAACCUCCAACCCCUGCAAUCCCUCAAAACCCUUGCUGAUUCAACCCACUCCAGCAGUGAUUCCCAAAACCUUGACUCUCUUGGACCCUCACUCCCCUCCACCUGGGGUGAAGUCAGCAACCUUCCACUUUCUACAGUCCACCCCGCCAUCGAAUCUCUCAUCCUCUCCCUCCCUACUCCUUCCCCUUUGGCCACAAGUUCUCCUUCUCCGUUCCCUCCUUUUCAUCCAACCAAUUCUAGGUUUGUAAACCCAAUUGCAUCAUCUACAAAGACAAAUCGUCUCUCUGCCAUUAGGCUAGCGUCUCCACCUUUUGUAAAACCACCAUCACCACCCGCAUUCUCCAGCUCAUCCACCAAUUCUGCCUCAAAAACAUCCAUCUCACCAAAUGUUACCUCUUUUGGUUGA